UAAUAUUAACAAACAAUCCUAAACCCUUCUCUUCUUCUCUUCCCCUUUUGUUCUCCGUAGACUUGUAGCAGUGACCGGAAAUGUACCGAACGGCGACGAAGCGUCUGCUCCUCCUCCGUGCACCUUCCGGUAGCAAUAUCAAUAUCAAAGCCCGUCUCCGUUUCCCUUUUCUUCUUCCUCAUCAUCAUCAAAAUAUUGAUAAUAGCACUUGUCGUUUCUCCUCCACUUCUGAAAUUCCUCAAUCAUCGCCUAAUCAGACCUUUAAUCCAAACCCAAAUCAACACUCUACGAGUAAUCAUUCUUCUGAUCCCACGUCAACCUCAACGGCCGAGGAAGCUCGACCCGAAGAGACUCAGAGGAAACGGCGGUACGUCGAGUACCAAGACGAGCAAGCUCGAGUGCUUCAAGCCUCGCUUCCCCACGUGGUGCGGUUGGGGUGGACUGAAGCGGCUAUGAUUGCUGGUGCCAGGGCAGUUGGUGUUUCUCCUUCUAUCAUUGGUUCUUUCCCAAGGAAAGAAGCCGCACUCGUGGAGUUUUUCAUGGAUGAUUGCUUGCAAAGGCUCAUUGAUAGAAUUGACUCUGGAGAGGACUUAAAAAGCAUGAUGCCUAGUGAUCACAUAUCCAAGCUUAUUAGGUUUCGCCUGGAAAUGCAGGCUCCAUACAUCUCAAAAUGGCCUCAAGCUCUUAGCAUCCAGGCACAACCAUUGAAUGUUCCAACAAGUUUUAAGCAGAGGGCAAUGCUUGUAGAUGAGAUCUGGCAUGCUGUCGGUGAUGAGGCCUCUGAUAUUGAUUGGUAUGUAAAGCGUACUGUCCUUGGGGGAAUAUACUCAACAACUGAGAUAUACAUGCUGACUGAUAGUUCCCCAGAUUUUCGUGAUACAUGGUCUUUCUUAAAUGGUCGUGUGAAAGAUGCUUUUGAUCUGAAGAAGUCCAUCCAAGAGGCUCAGUAUUUGGCAGAAGCUGUUGGUGCUGGAAUGGGGAGCUCUUUGCAAGGAUUUGUUAAGAAAGCUUUUCGAGGAUGAAUGCUAGAUGGCUUAGAAGAAAUCUAUGAAAAGCAUCAGGCACUAAGUCACUUGGGGAAGGUCUCAAGAUUGAAGUGUACUUUUUUCACCUUAUUGCCACUGAUGAAGGAUUGUAAGUUGGAAGAUAUGCUGUGUUGGUGGUACUUUGGAUGGUCCUACUAAUUAUCUUCAAUGGUUUAUUUGUCUAAAUUCUUUGUUGAUUGGCAGAAAGCCUUUCGAGGCUGGAAUUUGAAGAACAUUUAAAUCUAUUACCGUUAAAUUUUGAUUUCCUGUGGUGGAUUUCUCCACGGUUCUGUAAAUAACGGUAGUAUGUUAUCCUAUCUGGCAUUAGAGAAGGUAGAAAUAAAAGUGAGAGUUCAUGGAUAA